AUGAAAAGUUUGGGGAGUUUUAAGUUAAAGGAUUCAAGUCCGACCCAGACAGUGGCGGCAACAGUAGCCCGAUCAAUCUUACCCGUGCGAUCAUCGUCAUCUUAUCGAUGUUUUUCCAAACUGCUCUUUUCAUGCUCUUCUUCCAUAGCCAAAGCACCUUCAUUUUCUGCCUUUGUUCGAUCAAUCGGAUCCACGAGCUUUUUCUCUCACACCGACCGGUUCGCCGCUGAAGCGGCGAUUCGGUUUAACCAGAUACGGUGCGAAGUGAACAGUUCCGUCGGGUUGACCUACUUGCCGCUCAACUCCGGGUCGAAUAUCGGCGAACGGACUACCCCGGAGAUACUUUCGCUAUUUCCGGGCUGCGAUUUCGAACACUGGCUCAUUAUCAUGGACAGGGCCCGGCGAAAGAUCCACCAAGAAGUAGAUGAUCGAUUCGAAGAGGAAGCAAAAAAGAAGAUUUACAAUGUAUCUUGUUCUUGUAAGAAGUACUUUGGGUUUGGGUGCGAGAUUGAUGAAGAGACAUUGAAGAAGCUUGAAGGUGGUGUUCUGCAUGUCCUACCUGAUUCUUAUGUUGACGAAGAGACUAAGGAUUAUGGUGAUUCUGUUUUCAUUCGUUGA